UGUACUCGGAUUUCAAAGACCUGAUCGGGCAGAUCCUCAUGGAAGUCCUGAUGAUGUCGACCCAGUCGAGGGAAGAGAACCCCUUCGCCAGUCUGACGGCGACGUCCCAGCCCAUCGCCGCCGCCGCCCGCUCUCCUGAUAGAAACCUGGUCCUGAACGCCGGCUCCAAUCCGGGGACGAGCCCCACGCUCUGCAACGUGGGGUCGUUUGGUUCCAGCUCCUUAUCGAGUCUCUACGGAACUAGCCCAGCUCCCGCACUCACCUCUUUGGCCGGCUCCUUCCUUGCCUCUUCUGCCAGCCUGGCUGCCCCUACGACCGCGCCUUCCCUUUCAGCCAGCCCUCAUGUCCCACAGGCAGGCCCACUCGGAGCCCCGCCUUCCUCCCCAAGGUACCGCCCAUACACUGUGGCCCACCCAUGGGCCUUCCCGGCUCCUCUCGCCUCACCCUCGGUGGCCGCCUCCGUUUUCUCUCGCUCUCCAACUCCUCCAGUCACAAGCACCAGUCCUCCAGCUGCUCGGGCUGCUUCUUCGUCCAGGAUUAGGCCUAUAACAAUGGCCUUGCCUCUGUUUACUGCUUCACCUGGGCCACUCGGCAG